UGUUUGGACCUGGCAGCGAGCCGGAAGUGGGUUGGAGGUGUGGCGGAAGUGGUUGGGGAGUGAGGAGCCCCGGAGGGGGCGGUUCCCGUUCUACCGCGGAGCCGGAUGUUUGCCGAGCUUUGACAGGCGUGGCACAGGGAGCAGUGCCCGACCACGGUUCUGUGGAGCGAAGCUGUGAGGGACAGGCUUGGUCAUGGACCCGCUUUCAGAGUUGCAGGAUGACCUGACCUUGGAUGACACCAGCCAGGCUCUGAACCAGCUGAAGCUAGCCUCCAUUGAUGAGAAGAACUGGCCCUCAGACGAGAUGCCCGACUUCCCCAAGUCAGAUGACUCCAAAAGCAGCUCCCCGGAACCCGUGACACACCUGAAGUGGGAUGACCCUUACUACGACAUCGCCCGGCACCAGAUUGUGGAGGUGGCAGGGUGUGAUGAGCCUGAGGGGGCCCAGCCAGGAGACGACAAGUAUGGGCGGAAGAUCAUCGUGUUUAGUGCCUGCCGAAUGCCCCCGAGCCACCAGCUGGACCACAGCAAGCUCCUGGGGUACCUGAAGCACACCCUGGACCAGUAUGUGGAGAGCGACUACACACUGCUGUACCUGCACCAUGGCCUGACCAGCGACAACAAGCCCUCCCUUAGCUGGCUCCGGGAUGCCUACCGAGAGUUUGACCGCAAGUACAAGAAGAACAUUAAGGCUCUGUACAUCGUGCACCCCACCAUGUUCAUCAAGACCCUGCUCAUCCUCUUUAAGCCCAUCAUUAGUUUCAAGUUUGGGCAGAAGAUCUUCUAUGUGAAUUACCUGAGUGAGCUGAGCGAGCAUGUGAAGCUGGAGCAACUGGGGAUCCCUCGCCAAGUGCUCAAGUAUGAUGACUUCCUCAAAUCCACACAGAAGAGCCCUGCGACAGCCCCCAAGCCCAUGCCACCACGGCCCCCUUUGCCCAACCAGCAGUUUGGGGUCUCGUUGCAGCACCUCCAGGAGAAGAACCCAGAGCAGGAGCCCAUUCCGCUUGUGCUCCGGGAGACUGUUGCCUACCUGCAGGCUCACGCUCUCACUACUGAGGGGAUUUUCCGGAGAUCAGCCAACACUCAAGUUGUGCGGGAAGUACAGCAGAAGUACAACAUGGGGCUGCCUGUGGACUUUGACCAGUACAAUGAUUUGCACCUGCCGGCGGUCAUCCUCAAGACCUUCCUCCGGGAGCUUCCUGAGCCCUUGCUCACCUUUGACCUUUACCCCCACGUUGUGGGCUUCCUCAACAUUGAUGAGAGCCAGAGAGUGGGGGCAACGCUGCAGGUGCUCCGGACACUGCCUGAGGAGAAUUACCAGGUGCUUCGUUUCCUCACUGCCUUCCUGGUGCAGAUUUCUGCCCACUGUGACCAGAAUAAGAUGACCAACACUAACCUGGCUGUUGUCUUCGGCCCUAACCUGCUGUGGGCCAAGGAUGCUGCCAUCACCCUCAAGGCCAUUAAUCCCAUCAACACGUUCACCAAGUUCCUUCUGGAUCACCAAGGGGAAUUGUUCCCCAGCCCUGACUCGGGAGGGCUCUGAGCCCUGCCCCACCACCCUUCCCAGCUUCAGCCUUAUGAGUCUGGGGCUCCUGCCCAGGAAAGGGGCCAUGAGGCCCUGGGAGCUGGAAGCUGGAGCCAGCCAGUUGGGCAGCUCUUCCUCCCCUUCUGUCCAGCCCACCUGGCCAGCCCUGGAGACCUCGCUGUAACCACGAGACAUUUUUCUUCGCCUUAUACUUCUCACUGCCUCCUUGAACCCCUGGCUCCUUGCCAGGCUCUGCAGAUCUGGCGGCCUUUGGCUCUUCUAGUAUGAAAAAGACUGGCCCCAGAAACUGCUUACCCACUUUCUCCUGCCUCUCUUUUCCUGGCAAUUGCAGAUGCCUCAAUCACUGCCGGCUGGGCUGGUAGCUGGGGCUGAUCCUCCCUUUCCUGGCUGCUGGGGAAUAAGAGGCCAUGCUGGCUUGGGCCUGCCUGCUGAGGCAUCUCCCUGGGUGAAGGCCUUGUGUGCCAGCACCUGCUCCUGUCCUCUCCUCUAAUGGUUCAGCCUUGUGUUUUUACACAGCUAAGGACGGGCAAGGCUGGGGUCUGCUUCCUAUUUCUGCCUCCUUCUCGUCCUCACAUCCUGGGUCGGGCUUUCUGAAGUGAUACUGCCCCCAGGGUGUUCUAGCCCCCUGUUCUGGCAGCUUGGAUGACAGGGCUGAGUCCCAGCAUCCAUUUGAAAUAUACACCCCAUUCCCGCCCCAAAGCCUCUUGGCGGUCUGGUUGGGCCAGGGACAAGCAGUCUCAUCCCCCCUGCCCCAUGCCUUGCCUCUUCUCUCUACCUACUUGGACAGAUCCUCAGUAUAGGGCUCUUGUGGACAGGUCUGUUGUGGAGUCACACUGGUCCCUGCUCUGGCCAGAAGUGACUCAGUGCCUCAGGAUCUGUGGGUAGGGACUCCCGGAGGGGCUGAGCAGAGACUUUGCCAAUUAGAUCAGUCCCUGCCAGGGGAGUUCUAGCAACCUCCCCCAGGGACUAUAAGCCCCAGGGCCCUGUCAUCUUUCAGAAAAUAUGGACCCCAAUGAUUGGUACUUCUCAUUCCAACUGUGUCCCUUAGAAUGAUACUCCUUCCUGGUGAACCCUGGGGACCCCACUUCCUGCAGCCUUGUCCCCUGGCAGCAGGAUACUAGAUGCACAGUGGCCCUGCCCCCACAGCCUUGGCCAGAGCCUGUACUGGGGUGGGGGGCCUUAUUGACCAGCCCAGCCCCAUCUGUGAGGGGGGUGCAGCCUGAGCCCCGACCUCGCUGGGCUCUCUCCUCAUGAUGCUAGCAUGUCAGGACUCCCAGGGCCUGGAGUGGCUGCUGGUUCCCUGACAGUCCCUGCAUCUCUAGCCCAAGCCAGGGCUUCCGCUUUCUGCCCUCCUGUGUAUAUCAGGUGUUGCUCACAGCCCCAUUUACUGGGGAGCCUCGUGGAUCUCUUUGGUCUUUCUCCUGUCCCCUGUCCCACUGGUCUGUACCUGCGGGGAAAAGGGGGGGAGGCGGGAGUACUGUGAAUCAAGUGUUCACAUUCACUUAAUGACUUCCUUGGCACCAAUCAUGUAUUUCACCUUUGCACUUUUUGUAUUUCAAUAAAAAAGGAGAUGGAAAACUA